UCACGAGCAAUUACUACAGCUGAGAUACUGGAGUGUGACGGGUACGUCUACCUGGAGCCGCUCAAGAUAUUUCCCGCCGACCAAUUCGUCGUUGUGGAACGAGUCGGCGCGGAUGAUGCGUUGACAGAUAGUGAGGUGCCAACAAACAGCACAGUGGCCAGUGAAAGUGAUCCCGAUCACGCUACCCUUGCCAAUAUGUGCACGACACCAGGCAACGCGGGCAAUGGUUUUGGGUAUGCGUGGUCGCUAGGUGGUCCUGGUACUGAAUCACGUGAUAAUCCUCAGGGAGAGCUAACCGCAAAUAUAAGCUACGCUUUUAACAAUAAUCAAGAUCAGAGCACCAGUCAAAAAAUUCAGGUUGACAUAAAACCUACAAAGAUUGUCAACAGUACAGCCAGACGCCCGGUGUUUACGAUGAACGAUAAUUGUCAGCCGACACCAACAACUCAUGGUCAUACCGGAGCUCAUAAUCAAACUCACGUGACCCAUGCACGUAUUAAAAAACACUCGGAUGUUUUUACCCUCACCUGCGACAAGGGUGGCUGUAAUUGUGAUGCUGCGCACACAACACCAGCACCAACUAUUUUUCCUAAUGCAUUAGUUUUUACAACUGGUGAUAAACAUGCGAUGAGCAAACACUUUAUGACACCUAUCGGGCCACUUCAACUUACCGCUGAAGAGUGCAAUGAAAUAUUGAUGAAGAGAGCUGCUGCUGCUUCGACACAGGCCACAACCAAUAACGUCUCUACCAGCCAAGCCGACACUGCAACACAUUUUGGUCACGUGCUUACCCACGUUAACGCAACCCAGAUUGAGACAAAGGUAAAAACGCAACAGGACAUGGGGAGCCAAGUCCGUGUACCCAAGGAGAGACCGUACUCGUGCUCUGAAUGUGGAAAGUCAUUUCUUCUGAAGCAUCAUCUUACCACCCAUGCUCGGGUACAUACAGGCGAGCGGCCUCAUAUUUGCGUGCACUGUGGCAAGAGUUUUGCGCACAAACACUGUCUUCAUACCCAUCUUCUGCUGCACAGCGCGGAGAGACCUUAUCAGUGUCGCGAAUGUAAAAAAUCAUUUACUUUGAAGCAUCAUUUGGUUACACAUACACGUGUACAUACAAGGGAGCGGCCGUUUGUCUGUCCAGAGUGUGGUAGAGCAUUCCCGCUAAAACGUCACUUGGUGACACACAGCAAAUUUCAUUCGGGCGAACGACCAUACGUUUGUUCCGAGUGCGGUGAGUCAUUUUCCCAGAAGGACCAUCUCACCAUGCACUCGCGCUUCCACGGCAGCCUCCAUCCAUUUGUUUGUCCCGACUGCGGGGCAACCUUCCAACGUAAAUUUGAACUUGUCAAUCACGGUCGUCUUCAUGGUCGAGUCCCGCACUCGUGCACCGUGUGCGGUAAAGAGUUUUUACAGAAGAGAACUUUGCUUGCUCAUAUGCGUCUUCACACUGGUGAGACACCAUUUGCGUGUACUGUAUGCGGUGAAGCAUUUGCUCGUAAGGUUGAUUUGGUUUCUCACUCAAAGAUGCACAAUAACAUUACCGAUGAAAAAACACUUACCUGCAGAGAAUGUGGAUUGGAAUUCACCAAUCGAGAAGCACUUACUCUGCAUCUGAGGUUACACACGGGUGAUAGAAAUAUUGUGACUGACUUGUGUGGACUAGCAGCUGCUUUUCAACAAACACCCGGACAUUUUCUAACGCAAAAUACUACUGGAGGUCAUCAGUAUUUGCAGAUAAACGGACCCAUCAGCACUCCUGGAGUGAGUCACAUGCAGUGUGCAACUCAAACAUCUCCACCGGCUGGUCCUAAACCUAAACCACACUUGUGUCCUGAUUGUGGACGUGGCUUUGCUCAAAAGCACGGACUCUCCCAGCAUCAGCGACGUCAUACUGACGGUAGUUGUCAUAUACGAUCGCACGUCUGUGACAAAUGCGGAAAAGCAUUUUUCCAAAAGAACCAUCUCUUGCUUCACCAACGUCAGCACAUGGAUCCACCUCCUAGCAUAUUAAGACAACAGCAGAGAUUAGCAGCCCAAGCUGCUGCUCAAGCUCAGCAAGGACCGCAAAGUGCUCAGCAACAGAAUCAGGGACAGCAACAAAAUCAACAAACACAACAAACCCAGCAGACAACACAGCAGCAACAGGUUCAGCAAGCCCAGCAACAGGCCCAGCAGCAGGCCCAGCAACAGGCUCAGCAGCAGACCCAGCAACAAAAUCAACAAGUGCAACAACAACAGUCACAACAACCACAGCAGACCUGUACUGUUGAUACGAAGACCAUACAGUUGCAGGCAAUACAGCAACAAGUACAGCAGCAGGUUCAACAACAAGUGCAGCAACACCAGCAGCAGCAGCAGCAGCAACAACAACAACAACAACAACAGCAGCAAGCGCAACAGCAACCACAGCAACAACAACAACCACAGCAGCAGCAACAACAACAACAACAACAACAACAGGUGUGCCCAGUGGACAAUAAAGCAAUACAGUUGAAUGUCACCAUGUGAGAUGACUUUAAAAAAAGUGACGAAUGGAUUUCAUCUUCCAUGAAUAAGAAUAAUAAUAAAGUUAAUAAUAUUAAUAAUAAUAAUAAUGAUAAUAAUGAUAAUGAUAAUAAUAUCAUGAAUGGUAGUGAUGACAAUGACUGUGACUCGGACGAUGACGAUGAACGAGACCAAGACGAUGAUGACAAUGACGCAGAUGCACUACUGAAUGCGCACCCUGCUGCUACCCAUUGCACCCACUUUUCUUGUACUAACAUAACACAUUAGUUAUAUAUUUAUUAUAAAUAUAUAAAUAUACAUAUAUAAAUAUAUAUAUUUAGAGAAGAGAUAAUAAAAAUAAAUAACGAGGAAAUAAGGCAUCAAGUAAUCGAUUUUAUUACAAGAGUUAUAUAUAAAUAUAUAAAUAUAUAUAUAUAAACAAAUUAUAAAUAUUCUAUUCUAAUUAUAUGUAAGGCUUGUAACAAGGAAAAAAAAUAAAAAUAACCAUAUAUUAGUGUUUUACAUAUACUUUUAUCUAUCAUUUAAUUUUUUAGAUUCUAUGUAAUUAAAGUACUAAAAAUCAUAAAGGUGAAAUAAUAAUAAUAAUAAUAAUAAUAAUAAUAAUAAUAAAACAAAGUUAGUUGCCUUAUCGAAGAUAUAAAAUUUUAAACAAAUAUAUAUUAUUAACUAUUUUCUUUUGGAUGCGAUAAAUUUAAUAAUAAUUUAAAAAACAAAAAAAAAUAAUACGCGCAAAUAAAAAAU